GGAGUUGUCGCCAUUUUCACUAUCGGCGAAGUCUUCCCCUGCGAUCCUCUUUCUCCCACCUAUCUCAAUGAGAACAGUGGGGUGCUGGUAGCUCGCACUGAGCUCCAGCGACGCAGUGGGUACAUGCGACACGUGAACGGGAAACUCCGUGCCUGUGGCCAGCUCCGUGGGGACCACCCUCUCGUUUUACGUGAUCCAGCAUGCCUGCACAAUGGUCCUCACAAACGUCCAAGCAUUAGCGAGGUGCUGAGUCUGUUGGAUGAGGCCAGAGGUUGUUUCAGCCGCCACGAGAGUGAGAUGAACAAAUGUGAGAUGGUAAGAACUCUUCAGAGCCAACCUAGGAACCAGAAUUUGGAACAUGUUCUCCGAGACCUAGUGACAAAAAAUGCUGAUGCCCAAUCCCGUAUGCAAGAUCUACUGUCUAGAAACCAGGGAAAAGACAGGGAGCUAGCUGAGGCUCAGCAGCAACUGAGGCGAAUGGAAAAACAGUUAACAAGGGCAGAAGAGACUAUCAGGAGAGAGCAGGAGAUGAGAGAGCGAGAGAGUGGCUUAGUGCUGGCAAAGGACAGGGAGUUAGUACAUACUCAGGAGAAACUGCAAAAGAUUCUCAGAGCUGUACCAGUAAUGAAAGACUCCCAGGGAAUAAAGCGGGCCAAGUGUCAACACUGCCAGUGCUCCAAAUAUGUGCCUCCAGAGGAAUAUCGUUCUGAUAACAAAUUCUUUUGUGUGUACUGUGGACACCGCCCUGCCGAACAUGUUCAGAUAGAGGAAAAUCCUCCAGCUGUUGCAAGGAGUACCCACCCCAGGGAGGAAGGGGCUGGGGUUACGAGACCAGUUCAGAGGAAAGUGGACAAGCAAGGGACCAGGCCGGCUCUCACGACCAAGAAAUCAGGGAACACAGAUGACCAGAAGAUGAUAACAAUAAGUAAGAGACCAAAAGAACCUCUCGGCAUCAUCGCGGCACAAAUUCCAAAUGAAACUGGGCUGCGAAUUGUGGGGGUUGAGACAGGUACUCCAGCCCACCGUGAAAUGAAGGAAGGCAACAUCAGCUUACUUGAUCGUGUCAUCCAACUAAAUGAGGACAAAAUCCUCAGUAGUCCGUCAAGUGGCCAGGAGCCUAGUCCAACAGUCGCUCAACCACUCAACGAUCUGGCAUCAACUUCAAGUGUAGGGCCUAUGCAAACAGAUGGCUAUAUAGGCACAUUUAAAUUGACACCCGAGACUGACUUGGAUCGCCAAUAUAAACCAGAUGGCUUUAUAGGCACAUUUAAAUUGACACCCGAGACUGACUUGGAUCGCCAAUAUAAACCAGAUGGCUUUAUAGGCACAUUUAAAUUGACACCCGAGAUUGACUGCCAGUACUCCAAAUAUGUGCCUCCAGUGGACUACCGUUCUGAUAACAAAUUCUUUUGUGCGUACUGUGGACACCGCCCUGCUGAACAUGUUCAGAUAGAGGAAAAUCCUCCAGCUGUUGCAAGGAGUACCCACAGUUUGGAGCCCAGGGUGGAAGGGGCUGGGGUUGCGAGACCAGUUCAGAGGAAAGUGGACAAGCAAGGGACCGGGCCGGCUCUCGCGACCAAGAAAUCAGGGAGCACAGAUGACCAGAGGGGAGUUCAUAGAGGGCGAUGCGUGUUUCCAGGUUGUGCCUGUUCGCAUUACAGACUGGAUCACUCAAGCAAGUGUGCUACCUGCACCCAUCUGCCAGCGAAACACCUCAAUCUCGAUUCUGCACUGCCAGGUCAGGCAGUUGGUUUCCCUGCGUCGCAGCCCCUUCAACAACACUAUGUUUCUCCGCCUCCUGCUUCUGCUAGUGGACCACCUAUGCAACAUGCCUGGAAGAAUAUGGUCACGUACCUAUCUCAGGCAAGUCCUCUGCCCUCAGGUAGCAGUAACGGCAGUAAAAGUUCAGCUGCUGCUAAUUAUGGGGGAAAUGAGUUGAUGGAGACCAUUGCAAAAGAUCCAAAGGAGAGACUUGGAAUACUGACUGCAGAAAUCCCUGGAGAUGAUGGGCUUAGAAUUGUGGGCGUGGAACUGAAGACAUCGGCCUACCAUGCACUGAAAGAUAGACAAAUCAAGUUACUGGAUGUCAUCACACAUGUAAAUGAAGAAAAGAUUGUCAGUAGUGAGGUUUGAUGAAAGCACUGGGAUAAAACUAGACCAAUGCUUACCAUCCGGAGGAACCAUAACACUGCCUCGGGAACAAAAGGCCUGCUUCAUAAAAAAAGGAGAAGGCCAGUAGUGCAGCGGUACGCACAUCAAAGGGCAUGGAAUCGACCAACAUCAUAGGACACACUUUGGUUUUAAACCAGUGGACGAAGGAAUGGUAUUUACAUAAUUAGGUACAUGAAAGUGCUGGCUUGACUUUGUUUUUGGCAGAUUAAGGCGGAAAGAAAGCAAGUUAUCUACGAACUACAUGAAAGUGAUUGCAAUAGCGCUUACCUGAGUGGCAUUACUACACGAGAUGAGGUUCUCAUGUACGCUACAAUGAACAGCAAAAAAAUCAUGGAAGGAGUGGUUCCCUAUUCUGUAGUGAGGUCUCACAACGGACGCCCACCAUACUGAACGCUUGGCCAGAGAUGGAGACCAUUUGUUCUAGUUGUGAAGAACUGAGCUAGCCAAUUUCCGACACUUCUGUGUUAUAUGCAUACAGUUGAGCAAGUGUUUGUCUUUCUUGAUCUGUGUGUGGUGUAAUCUGAAAAAUGUCAAUGAAUUUAAACAGAGCGAGCGUAGGCCGCAUUGCAGGGCGAAACAGUUUUAACCGCAACGCUCUAUACCAGCACGCUGCGUUCUGCUUACGUAAUACGCUGUGAACGAAAAUGGCCGCA